CAGCCUCAUCAAACCUUCCUCCUCCUCUCCUUCCUUCGUCCUGGCCAUGAGAGGCACCGGCAGCAGCAGCUGUGCUCCCACAGCCCCCUGCUCCGCCGCCCCGGCUGCGCCCCAGUCGUCUGCCCGCAAGUGAAGAAGAUGAGACAGGAUCCUUGCUGAGCACAGACGCUGUGGCAUCUGAGAUGGAGCCCAGUGCCUGCAGGAUGCCUCCAUUCUUCUGCAUCCACUCGCUGCAGCUUUGGCAUCUCCUCCUCCUGGUCUCGACCGUCCCUCCUCCCGGCGUCUGGUCUCUUCGCUCUCGGGGUCCCGUAGCCCCUCGGCCUCUUUGCACCCGUCGGAGCCCCUCAGCCCCACGGCCCAUUUGCAUCUGGGACAGGACCUCGCUACCGGAGAGGGACACCCGCGUCGCCCCGCGCCAGCGCGCCCUGCCGCCGCGGGGGGGAGAGCUGCGGCACGUCGUGCGGCUGCGGCGGCAGGCGGCGGGCGCCCGGCCGGCCACCCCCUCCGGCUUCGAGGACGGCAUGCCCUCCUCCCAGUACCCCUGGGCCAUCGUGUGGGGCCCCACGGUGUCGGAUGAGGAUGGAGGGGACACCAACUCGGCCAACCCGGGCUUCCCGCCGCUGGGAUACACCUUCGUCUCGCCACAUGGGAUGGCAACGGCGCAGCCCAACUCCCACUCGCUCCUGCACAACGCGGGGCUCAACCUGCGUGAGACCCCGGCCACCCUGCGGCCCUUCCUGUUUGGGCCCCGGGGGGAAGGUGUGGACCCCCAGCUGUACGUCACCAUCACCAUCUCCAUCAUCAUUGUCCUGGUUGCCACCGGGAUCAUAUUCAAGUUCUGCUGGGACCGUAACCAGAAACGCCGGCGCCACUCGGGGCAGCAGAGCGGUGGGAGGCAGCAGGAGAGCCAGCAGCCCCUCGCAGACCUCUCCCCCACCACCGUCAGUAUCUUGGGGCCCUACGGUGAUUCCCUGGCCCCCACACCGGAGGCGGAGGAAUCCAGGCAGGGCCAGGAGAAAGUGGGGGGCCAUGGGAAGAGCACGGCCUUCCAGCUGAACCGAAUCCCACUGGUGAACCUGUGAUGCUCACGGGAGAAGCAGAGCUGGCUCCCCACACCUCCUGUCACAGCUGGCGAGCACAGCCUCCCGCCGCCUCUGCUACCCCAGGAAUAAACAACCUCCUUGUGCCACGGCCCACCACCACCACCACCACCCCACCACCA